AUGGCUGCUAGUUUAGAUGAUAAAUUUGAAAGUUUAGAAUCAAUUUUAGCUGAACAUCUACCAGCAGAUGUACUUGAAAAAGUAAAUUUAUCUCUUCGUGGGCCAGGUGCAACUGACCUUGAAUUACCAACUAAGGCAAAAGAAACAGCUAAAAAAAAUAAUUUUGAUCUUCAAGGUUAUCAAAUUAAAAUAGCACAAAAAGAACAAACAAGACCACCACGUUUAGUUCGUAUUGGUGCUAUUCAAAAUGCUAUUCAAAAACCAACUACAGCUAGUGUUGAAGAACAAAGAAAUGCAAUUCAUCAACGUAUUGAUCAAAUGCUUGCUGUUGCGCAUGAAUGUCAAGUAAAUGUAGUUUGUAUGCAAGAAGCGUGGACUAUGCCAUUUGCUUUUUGUACACGAGAAAAAUAUCCUUGGGUUGAAUUUGCUGAAUCAGCAUAUAAUGGACCAACAACAAAGUUUCUUGCCGAAAGAGCAAAAAAAUAUAAUAUGGUUAUUGUUAGUCCAAUAUUAGAACGUGAUGAAGCACAUGGCGAUGUUUUUUGGAAUACAGCAGUAAUUAUUUCAAAUCGUGGUAAUGUUAUUGGUAUUACACGAAAAAAUCAUAUUCCAAGAGUUGGUGAUUUUAAUGAAUCAACUUACUAUAUGGAAGGCAAUACAGGUCAUAAAGUGUUCGAAACAGAUUUUGGUCGAAUUGCGGUAAAUAUUUGCUAUGGACGUCAUCAUCCACAAAACUGGCUUAUGUAUGGUGUAAAUGGUGCCGAAAUCGUUUUUAAUCCAAGUGCGACAGUUGGAGCACUUAGUGAACCUUUAUGGAGUAUUGAAGCACGUAAUGCAGCUAUUGCAAAUAGUUACUUUGCAGUUGGUAUUAAUCGAGUUGGAACUGAAGCGUUUCCAAAUGAAUUUACAAGUGGUGAUGGUAAACCAGCUCAUAAAAAUUUUGGACAUUUUUAUGGAAGUAGUUAUAUAGCAUCACCUGAUGGUAGUCGAACACCUGGUUUAUCUCGAAUUCGUGAUGGACUUUUAGUUACUGAAUGUGACUUGAAUUUAAGUCGUCAAAUGAAAGAUAAAUGGGGUUUUCGAAUGACACAACGUCUUGAUUUAUAUGCUGAUAGUUUUGCUCGAGCAAUUCGUCCGGAUUAUAAAAUGGAUAUUAUUAAGGAUCCAAGUUCAACAAAAUAA